UCAACGGUUACCCCUUUUGUUCACCCGAGUUCCUGAUUAAUUCCCAACACAAUGAAAUGAUCGGGAUAUUGUAUUAUUCCUUUCUCAAAAACUGUACUUACGUUACCCUGUGACCUUACUUUGGAUUAUCUAAUGAAUAAAGAAAUCGAUCUGAAGCCCGUCCGCCCUGGUGUGAGGUUUCCGAAGCAGGCAGUCUUGAAGAACGUGGAGUAAUGUAAACGUGAACAGCAUUUGUCCCAGCAGUGGCUGUUGGCACAAUGGGGCUAGACUUUGAUGUAAAGACAUUCUGUCACAAUCUGAGGGCCACCAAGCCCCCUUACGAGUGUCCUGUGGAGACUUGCCGAAAGGUCUACAAGAGCUACAGUGGAAUCGAGUAUCACCUCUACCACUACGACCAUGACAAUCCGACUCCAGCACAGAGUGUACCCCAGAAGAAGAGGAAGGGACGGCCCCCUCGAGCCUCAUUGGCUGGGUCGGGGGAUACAGACGAGGGUGGAAGUAAUGUAGGUGGAGGACCAGGACAAGGAGGCAAUACACCUGGAAGCCCCAACCGCUCAGAGCACUCUCACUCCCCAGGUAGAGAGACAAUGACCUAUGCUCAGGCGCAGCGGAUGGUGGAGCUGGAGCUCCAAGGGCGUAUCCACCGUAUCAGCAUCUUUGAGAACAUUGAUGUGGUGUCAGAGGAAGACAGUGAUGUGGAUGAUGCUCCAGCAUCUGCCACUGGAGGGAGUGGUGGUGGGGUGUGUAAUGGUAGUGAUGGAGGAGGUGGAGGCAGUGAGUUGGGAGGCAGUGGUAAAGACCGCCCAGAUAUGCCGUCUUCUAACGGGGGAAAGUCCACCCCAAAGUCUGGGAAGCAUAAGAGUAAAGAGAAGAAGAAGGACAGCUCAUCCCAUCAUCACAGCUCUCAGUCUGGGCCUGCUGUCAAGCUGCCUGAGGCAGUUUUCAGAGAACUGGACCAAGAGAGACCUGAUGCCCCUCCCCGGCCCUCUUCUUACUACAGGUACAUUGAUAAGUCUGUGGAGGAGCUGGAUGAGGAAGUAGAGUAUGACAUUGAUGAAGAGGACUACAUCUGGCUUGACAUUAUGAAUGACAGGCGGCGGCGUGACGGUGUGACACCCAUUCCUCAGGAGGUCUUUGAAUAUCUUAUGGACCGCUUAGAGAAAGAGUCCUACUUUGAGAGCCACAACAAGGCAGACCCCAGCACCCUAAUCGAUGAAGAUGCUGUCUGCUGCAUCUGUAAUGACGGAGAGUGUCAGAACAGCAACGUGAUCCUAUUUUGCGACAUGUGUAACCUGGCAGUGCACCAGGAGUGUUACGGUGUGCCCUACAUCCCAGAGGGUCAGUGGUUGUGUCGGCGCUGCCUGCAAUCUCCGAGCAGAGCUGUAGACUGUGCUCUAUGUCCCAACAAGGGAGGUGCUUUCAAGCAGACAGACGAUGCACGCUGGGCUCACGUCGUGUGUGCUCUCUGGAUCCCAGAGGUUUGCUUUGCUAACACAGUCUUCCUGGAGCCUAUCGAUAGCAUCGAGCACAUUCCUCCUGCCCGCUGGAAGCUCACCUGCUACAUCUGCAAACAGCGUGGAUCAGGAGCCUGCAUCCAGUGCCACAAAGCCAACUGUUACACCGCCUUCCACGUCACAUGUGCCCAGCAAGCGGGCCUCUAUAUGAAAAUGGAGCCUGUCAGAGAGACUGGGGCCAACGGCACCUCAUUUAGUGUCCGCAAGACUGCUUACUGUGACAUCCACACACCUCCAGGAUCAGCUCGACCUUUGGGAGGGGUAGGGGGUGCGAGCAUGGGCUCUUCUCACAGUGAAGGAGAGCUGGAGGAGGACGAUGAGCCCAGCAUCGGCCAUGAUGAAGAUUCAAAGGGCUGGAGCUCUGAGCGAGCCAAGAGGGCAAAGGCCAAGUCAAGGCUGAAGAUGAAAAGAGCAAGAAAGAUCUUAGCAGAGAGGAGGGCUGCUGCACCAGUUGUGUCUGUGCCCUGCAUUCCUCCCCACAGACUCAGCAAAAUCACCAGUAACUUGACGGUACCCAGGAAGAGCCAGUUCAUGCAGCGACUGCACAGCUACUGGACCCUUAAGAGACAGAGCCGUAACGGCGUCCCUCUGCUGCGUCGUCUCCAAACCCAUCUGCAGUCACAGCGACAUAUUGACCCACUCCCUCCUCAGCCUCCAUCACAGCUCCCUGCAGUGCUGCAGAGGGACAGCGAGGAGAAACAACUGGCACUGAAGGAGCAGCUGAAGGCGUGGCAGAGACUGAGACAUGACCUGGAGAGAGCCAGGCUGCUGGUGGAGCUCAUUCGCAAGAGGGAGAAACUUAAGAGGGAGACGAUUAAAGUCCAGCAGAUGGCGUUGGAGAUGCAGCUGACUCCCUUCCUGGUGCUGUUGAGGAGCACACUGGAGCAGUUACAAGAAAGAGACACAAACAAUUUCUUCACAGAGCCUGUACCGCUAGCAGAGGUGCCUGACUACCUGGACCACAUCGACACUCCAAUGGACUUCCAGACCAUGUGGAACCUGCUGGAGUCCCAUCGCUACCUCACCUUCGAGGCCUUUGAGGCUGACUUCGGCCUCAUUGUCAACAACUGCCUCAAGUACAACGCCAAGGACACAGUGUUCUACCGCGCUGCCCUGCGGCUCAGAGAGAUGGGCGGGGCUGUCAUAAGGACAGCCAGGCGGCAAAUUGAGCGGAUAGGCUUCGACUACGAGACGGGCAUGCACCUCCAACGAGAGCCGAGCCCAGAGAGUCAGCGUGAGACAGAGAGAGACAGAGAGAGGGAGCGGGAACGAGAGCGAGAGAGGGACAGGGAUCGAGAGAGAGAACGUCUGAUGUCGUCUAAUGAUGAUGAGCUCCUCCUGCCAGAGAACAGGCGUCGGUUGCCGCUGGAGGAGCAGUUGCAUUACCUGCAGACGCGUCUGGAUGAGGUCAGCUCAGGGAAGCACAGCAUUGGUCAGUCUCGUAGAGCCAAAACUUUGAGGAAGGAGAUCAGCGUCAUCAAGAGGAAACUGGCAAAUCAGCGGGAGGGAGGCUCAGGACUGGGGGGACGGGAGUCAGUGGGAGGGGGCGAGCGUGGAUCUUCGCUGCCACAUCACCCAUCUUCUGCUGGACACCUGGAUGAAGGGGGGGAAAGCAGUAGCCAGGAGACUGGAGGAAAAGACCUGAAUGUGUCCUCGUCUGCCCUGGCUCCAGAGGUGGGCCGCCGGACAUCUGUCCUCUUCUCCAAGAAGAACCAAAAAAUGGCCGGCCCUCCCAAAAGGCCAGGACGUCCUCCCAAGAACCGGGAUGCCGGGUAUGCUGGUGCAGGGGUGAGCCAAAGCCCCAUUGGUCCCCCUCAACUCCCCCUGCUGUCUUCAACUAGGCAGAGGAAAAGGCCCCGCAGCCCCCACAGCAGCUCCACCUCUGACAGCGACAGUGACAAUGAAGACCUGCUCCCUGGUUUGCCAAGUAAUGGUUUUGAUGGAGGAAACCAGCCUGUAACAGAGAGCUUCCGUGUGUACAGGAAUGAUACCCGCCUCCCUCGCUCCAGCUCAGAUUCAGAGUCCACAACCAGCAGCAGUAGCAGUGCAGCUUCUGACAGAACCAGUACAACACCCUCUAAGCAGGGCAGAGGAAAGGCCUCGUUCUCUCGCUCAGCCUUCCAGGAGGACAGCAGUGAGGAGACAUCAGGCACUGAAAAUGACUCCUACUCAGUCGGAGGAUCACGAAGCGUUUCACAUUUGGUGCGCGGUCGAGCCAGGUCAGGAUGCUGGAUGACUUCUGAUGACUAUUCUUCUCUUGAAGCUCUGGAUCUGGUGUGGGCCAAGUGCAGAGGCUAUCCUUCAUAUCCUGCUCUGAUAAUUGACCCAAAGAUGCCCAGAGAGGGGGUGUUCCACCGUGGUGUCCCAAUCCCAGUUCCACCUUUGGAUGUGCUGAAACUAGGAGAGCAAAUGACUCAGGAGGCCAGGGAGCACCUGUUCCUGGUCCUUUUCUUUGACAACAAGAGAACCUGGCAGUGGCUGCCUCGCUCAAAGCUGGUACCACUUGGAGUUGACCAGGAGUUGGACAAAGAGAAGAUGCUUGAGGGCAGGAAAUCUAACAUCCGCAAAUCAGUGCAGGUGGCCUACCACCGUGCCAUGCAGCACCGCAGCAAGGUGCAGGGAGACCCCAGCAGUGAGACCAGUGACAGUGACUGAACACACACACACACUUAAUGUGUUGGUCCUCACUGGUGAUGUGGAGUUUAUGUUUCAAGAGCCCGAGCCUCCUUUACAGAACUCAGAAAAAAACAGUGCCAGUAGCAAUGUGGGAUGAUAAUCCACUACAUUGGCCCCAUGACAUACACACUAAGCCGUAUUUAAUCUGACAUGUAAAAUAUUGUAUUUAAGAGAAUUGAAAAGGUUAUUAAUAAUAAUGUGGAAAAUAUGCUAUGUUCGGAUUCAUAAAUCAAAGUAAGUGGUCGAUAUGUUUAAGAACAAAUGAGAUAAUGGUUUACAGACUGAAAAAAAUUUCAUAGUAUUACAUUUAGACAACUCAGUGUCUCCUUUUGAUUCUCACAUAUGAUAUGACAUUUGAACAGGGCAUGAAGUGAACAUGAAAACACUUAGUUGGUUUGGCUGUUAAUUCCAACAAUCAAGCACAUCCCUUCAAAAAGAAGCUGUUGCUGUUUGAGCCCUUUCAUUUGUCAGCGGGCCACAAAGAAAGACUUUUUCAAUGUUAUUUAUUCUUCUGACUCCUUAUUGACAAGUCCCUUAUUCUCAUUUUAACAUGGACUACUUCUUAUCACUCCGACUACACAAGACAGUUUUGUAUGGUCCUCCUUUUUUCUUGUCUGUGUUCAUUAUGUCUCCUGUUUUUAUGAUUUUGUCAACGCACGUCUGUGUCCCACAGGCUGCUAGUCGACGAAAACUGAAGACUAAAUUGAAACACAUGAUCGCCUCACUGUCUGUCGUAGUCUCAGGCCAAUGGCUGUAGAACUUUUAUAUAUACAGAUCACAUAAAGAUAGAAGUUUAAUAAAAAAAGAAUUGAGUUUUUUAAA